AUGGCUCUGGCUACUCUGUGCAACCAAGUACGCAAGUUCAAAGCACCGCCUAUGACCGCUUUCGUAGUGGAUCAUCGUCUUCGAUCUGGAAGCACAGAGGAAGCUGAGUCGGUAGCCAAGGUUCUUGCCGGCCUUGGUAUACAGCAUAGAAUCUUGACCGCCGACUGGGGAUCCAUCGCUGACCCAAGUCAAAUCUCAAAUCUGGAAUCAGCAGCUCGCAGGGUGCGCUUCCAGACCCUUGGCCGUGCCUGUGCCGAUGCAAACAUCGACACUCUUCUUUUGGCUCACCAUGCAGAUGACCAAGCAGAGACCGUACUAGCAAGGAUACAUGCCGGAUACCUGGGAAGCGGUCUUACAGGCAUUCAACCCAAAACGCCCAUUGGAGAAUGUCACGGAAUGUACAAGGUGUCCAAAUCUGGUACUUAUCGACAUCUAGACAAGACCAUGCCAUCCCUCUUCGUCGAAUCUGGCGGAGUCAUGAUCCAUCGACCCCUACUCGGCUUCACCAAAUCACAACUCAUUGCCACUUGCGAAACAAGAAACGUGAAAUGGCACGAAGACGCGACAAAUGCCGACAAAACUCUGACUCCGCGCAAUGCAAUCAGACAGAUGCUGCUAUCCAAAGCUAUGCCAUCUGCUUUGAGUUCAAGCCGGUUGAGGGAGCUGGCUGCACAUAGGCGAAGCAACCUCGCGUCAUGCGAAGAAACCGCUACAACCUACUUCAACCAUUGUCCUGUUGAGCUGGACAGCAAGACCGGCUCAGUGUCGUUCCAGAUUCAUCAAGAUAUCGAGGAAUGGAUGAGUAGCAAGAAGGACCGUCAGCUCAUAGCGGCAAUGCUCAUGCGCAAAUUUCUUUCUCUAGCGGAAGACCAGAACAAACUUGCGCUGAAAGAUCUUACCCGGCCAGUGGAACUCGUGUUCCCAUCGAUUUUCGAUGGGCAGAAGGCUUCGUCGAGCGGUAUCAAUAUCGGAAAUGUCACUCUGGUCAAUGAUCCUUUGAUUCAGAAGAGUGAAACAGGUGAUCACAAGAGAUUCCUUAUCUUCCCACGGCCAGUACGAGCACCGGGAGAGUUUAUUCAAAAUCUUCUCGAAAUCACAGAAGACAACAGAAGCGCCUCCAAAGAAGCUCCAAUCUCCCAGUGA